AAAUUAGAUGAAGAGAUCUUUUCUAAACAAGCUCAGUUCAAAGAACUCCAAAAUAUGGCCACUAAAGUCCAGUCACCAGAUGCACGGCUCACAAAUCAAAGCACCCAAUUAGCAACUAAAUAUGAGACUCUAAAAAAUCAGGCAAGAGAUGUAAUUAUCAAGUGGGAGGAUUUUGUAGAAGAGCACUGUGCUUUCAGUGACAACUAUAAACACUGUGUUGAGUGGAUAGACACACUGAGGAGUAGACUCAACAUUUGUGGCGAGCUAGCAUAUGACAAGCAGGAAUUGGAAGCUCACUUGGUUCAGCUACAGGAGCUGUCUGCUGAGAAAAAUGAAGGAGCAAACCACAUCCAUCAGACAAUAGAAAGUGGAGAGCGCUUGUUUUCCAGUACAUCUGCACUUGGUAGAGAUAUUAUCCGUGAAGAUAUUCGGAAACUUCGAGAUGAUUGGGAAGCUUUGACUGAUGACAUGAAUGCGAUCCACCAAAGAUUAAAUAUGAACCUCAAUCAGUGGCAGACUUUUGAUGAAAACUCUGGUAACUUCAAAAGAUGGCUGCUUGAUAUGGAAACAUUGCUGAAGAAAGACUCUUAUUUGCAGGCUACACUUCCUGAAAAGAAAGCUCAAUUGCAGAACCAUAAGGUUCUACAUCAAGACAUUUUAUCUCGUGAACACAUCAUUGACAGCUUGAGACAGAAAGCCCAUGCUCUUACCGAGUCUUCUCAAUCAGGAAAGGUCAUCAGCUUUGUUGAAGAACUGAAACACAGGUAUGACAGUGUCUGCCAGAGAUCCAGGGAUGUCCUAGACAAGCUGGAGCACUCAGUACACGAUCACCAACAGUACCAGGAUGCUGCUCAGGAUUUCAGUGACUGGUUAAUCACUGCUCGUGACAGACUUGAGGCAUGUUCUGACAGAUCAGGUGAUAAAGUGUCACUUCAAGGAAAGAAGGAACAGUUGAAGGGGUUUGCAGCCAGUGUUAAAAACGGAGAAGCUAAAUUGGCUGCUGCUAAAAAGCUUGCUAUUGCAACCUCAAAGAAUACUUUACCGCAGGGGCAGGAGGUGGUGAAGAGAGAGCUGGAUCAUCUCCAGAGAGAAUGGGAAGAUUUCUGGAACCUCUUGGCACAUACAGAAUCUUCUCUCAACCAGACUUUGAACAUGUGGGAACAUGUUCACUCAAAAUUUGAACAGUGUACUGCUUGGAUAAAUGAUAUAGAGCAAAAGGUAAAAGACAAUGAACUUAGAGAUACAGCUGUGGAGAAAGAGAAACAGCUGAGCAAAUUCAAGAAGCUGCGUGAAGAGAUUAUUGCCCACCAGGCACAGAUGGACACAUUUACAGAUGAUGCUCAGAAUUUGAUGCAUGUGAGCUGUGAUGUGAGACUGGCUGCACAGGUGUCUCAGCUCAGUAACAAAUACCAGGGACUUCUGUCUCAUAUCAAAGACGUGAUCACCAAAUGGGACAGACUGGUUCAGGAACACCAGCUUUACAAUUGUCGAAUGCAUGACUUUCAAGAAUGGAUUUCUGCAGCCAAUCAAAGACUUCAAGAAUGCACACAGCCUGUGCAGGAUCACAUAUCUUUACAAGAGAAAAAGUCCAUCAUUCUGAUACUAAUAAGUGAAAGUGACCAUGGUCAUAGAAAGCUCAGCUCAGCACUGGAGUCAGGGGAACAGUUAUAUCCAGAUACUUCAGCAGCAGGAAGAGAGACAAUUCGUGGUGAACUGCGAAUGGCUAAGCAGAGCUGGGAAACUGUUCAGUCAGACUUAAAUGAUGCACAGCGUCAUAUAGAUUUAUGCCUGCAUCAGUGGUCUUCAUACAGUGAUGGAAGGGACCAGUUCAUCAAGUGGUUGACUGAAAUGGAGGCAGCACUUUUUGCAGAUGUAGACUGGAAGAGCACACUUCAGGAGAAAAGACAUCAGUUACAGGCUCACUUGAACAUUUUCCAAGAAAUAACAUCUCAUCAAAGAGUUCUUGAUUCGCUGAUACUGAAAGCCCACGGUAUACUACAGAUUACCAAGAGCCCCGAAGUCUCAGAAUUCAUCACCACUGUCAGCUCACAGUAUGAGAAACUCAGAACAGAUGCUGAUAAUCUGGUACAUAGAUCAGAACAACUUGUUGCUAUACAUCAGCAGUAUCAGGAUAGCUUGCAAGCUGCCUUAGACUGGAUAACAGUUAUAAAAGAUAAACAAGCUUUCUGUGUUGACGUUGGGGGAGAUAAGCACGCUGUUGAAAACAAACUGGAUAAACUCACUGCAUUAAUGGUCUCUGUGGCAGACGGUGCCAGGAAACUGGAAACAUGUGAACAUCUUGCUGAGCUUACAAUGGAGAAUUCUGGCCUGAAAGGUCGUGUGACCAUUCAGUCACAACUGGAUGUUCUUCAUUCUGACUGGGAAGACUGCUUAGCGAAAAUGAAUUCUCUCAAAGACGGUCUAGAACAAGCUCUACAGCACUGGGCUGCGUUUGAAUCCAGCUGUCAGCUGCUGUCCAACUGGCUCCAGUCAAUGGAAAAAGAAAUCAAGAAGUGUCCACUGAAAUCAACACUUCAAGAAAAACAGGGACAACUUUCAAAAUACACAGAGCUUCUGCAGGAGAUUCAGUGUCAUCAGAGAGAGUUUGACACAUUUACAGAGAAAUCACACACCUUACUUCAUCUCACUUCAGAACCUCAGGUUAGCAGUGCUGUCUCACAGCUCACUAUAAGAUAUCAGGCCUUGCUGACUGCAGCAAAAGAACUUGCCAAGCAGAGUGAGCAAAAUGUGGAAGAUCAUAAACUGUACAACACCAGGUUUGCAGAGAGCACCCAGUGGCUGGUGAAAACCAGAAAGAAGUUCUCUGAAUGUUCACAAGUUGGUAACUCCAGAGCUGAAUUAGAAAAUAAACUGGAGAGAAUACAGGAUAUUGUGCAGGAAAGAGAUGUUGGGUCUGCUAAACUCAGUCUGUGUGUAGAGGCAGGAGAAAAAUUGUACCCAAACACAUCCUCUGAAGGCAGAGACACUAUUCGUCAGGACCUACACAAACUGAAGCUUGACUAUGAAACUGUAUUUGAAGACUUAUCUACUGCACAGAGGGAACUUGAAGUUUCUUUGGUACAAUGGACUUCUUUUGAUGAGAGUUGUGGUCAGGUGAAACAUUGGCUGAAACACAUGCAGUCUCAGUUUGAAAAUAAGAUCCCACUGCGGGCCAGCCUUGAGGACAAAAAAUCACAGCUUCAUUCUUAUAAGGCUCUUCAGCAGGAUGUGCUGUCUUACCAGAGAGUUAUCCAGAACAUCACUGACAAGGCCAGCAUGCUGAUACAAACAAACAGAGACCCAGUAUUUGCCAAGUUUGUUUCCAAAACAGACUCAUCAUACUCUGAACUGUGUGUUGUUGCCAAGGAACAUGUGUACCAGUAUGAAUGUUUUGUGAAAGAACACCAGCAGCUGACUGACCUCUACAAUUCCUGCACUGACUGGGUCCAUAGUCUCCAAGAGAAGCUGUCUGUCAUCUCCCACAUUUCAGGAGACCGCAGUGCAAUCCAGAACCAACUUGAUCAAAUUCAGAGCAUUCUAGCUGCUAAAGCAGAAGAUGAACCCAGGAUCAAAGAGGUGAUGGAACUGUCAGAACAAGUAUUGUCUCAUACAGCUGCAAAAGGGAAACAAGUGAUUCUGAGAGACAGGGAUGUACUUGAUGCUGACUGGCAAGCAUUUAAUCUGGCCCUCACAAAGAGAAAAGAUGACCUAGAAACUUGCAUGAAACUUAGGAAAAGCUUUGAAGUCUGCUAUGACCAUUGUGCAUCCUGGCUAAAGGAUGUGGAAUCCUGUCUAAGGGAUACUGACAUGAGGGCAACACUUCCAGAAAAACAGGCACAUAUUGUGAAACUGAAGAUACUGCAAACUGAAGUAAUAAACCACCAAAGUGAUCUGGACUCUCUGAGUGAUGCAACCCAUGAUCUUAUUCAGAUGAGCUCAGAUUCGUAUGUUACUAGCCAGACAUCUCAACUCAUGGCUAAAUAUCAGGCUUCUUCCAUGAACAUCAAGGAUUUAUGUCACAGAUGGGAACAGAUUGUACUUGAUCAUCAGAUGUAUGUGCAGGCAUUUCACCAAUGCCAGUCAUGGUUGACACAAAUGAAGGAAAAAGUUGCUGUUGUCAGUGAUACAAGUGGAGAUAAAUUAGCAAUCAAGGACAAACUCGACCAAGUCCAGAAUCUUCUACAUGAAAAAGAAGAAGGCAUACAUUUGUUACAAAUAGCAUUAGACAAAAUUCAGACUGUUCUACCCAACACAUCUGUGGCUGGCAGAGAGGACAUGCGACAUGACCUCCAGGUUAUUCAGCAGGAGUAUGACUCAUUGUCUGCUAAACUUAAUGAUGUCAGAGAAAACCACAGCCUCACUUUUGCCCAAUGGACAGUAUUUGAUGACAGUCUUCUACAGCUGCAGAGAUGGCUGAAAGACUUUGAAGACCAGUUAACAGCUGAGACUGCUCUUCAGAACACAUUGCAGGAAAAAAGGUUACAAGUGGAAAGAGUUAAGAUUUUGCAGUUGAAUAUCUCAAGCCAGCAGAGUGUAAUUGAUAAUCUUAAUGAGAAAGUACUGAUCCUGAAGCAGACAAGCAAUGAUAGCAAUCUCAGUGUUCAGAUUUCUCAGGUGGUUGGCAGAUAUGACAAGCUAGUUCAGAAAGUUAAGGACAUGAGGGAAGACUGUGAAAAGAACUUGCUGGAUCACCAGAUCUAUAGAAACACAUACUUGAGUACUUCAGAGUGGCUUGGGUUAGCAGUUAACAGGCGAGACAUGUGCAGUAAUAUAAGAGGAGACAGACUCGCCAUUGAAGCUCAGCUGCAUAAAGUCAAGGAUAUUGCCUUGACUGUGGAAAUGGGUCAGAAACAGUUGCAAGAAACUUUGCAGAAGGGAAGCAUUGUUCUUGAGGAAACAUCACUUCAGGGUCAAAACCUGAUCAAAGAAGAGCUGAGGUUGCUUUCCUGUGACUUUAAUGAUUUUGAGUCAGACCUCAGAGAUAUUGAAAGUAGCCUGGCAACUCUAAAGAACAAGUGGACCAGUUACGAAGAAUUCUAUGAACAACUGAGUCACUGGAUCAAAGACACAGAGAAUACAGUGAAGACUAAUAGUGAACUGAAAACAUCUCUUGAUCAUAAGAAAGAUCAGCUUAGCAGUCACAGAGCACUCCAUGAAGAUAUUCUAGAGCAGCAAGAAGCCUUUAACCAGCUGGUUAAACAAGCACAGGAUCUCUUACAACUGUCAACAGACCGUAGGAUAUCAACACAACUUAAUCAGCUGAUGUCCAGAUAUUCAGCAUUGGUCACUUUGUCAAAGGAUCUUAUGAAGAAAUAUGAACAGAUAGUGCAGGACCAUGAGCACUACAAUAUUGCCUACAAUAAAUCCUGUUCCUGGUUGCACACAAGCAAAGAGGUACUUUCUGUACAUGCAAGCAGCACUGGUGACAGACAUGUUCUUCUGUCACAGCUUGAGAAAAUCAAGGAAUUUGAUGUCAGCAAGAAAGAAGGUGAAAUGUGCAUGCAAACAGCUGUCAGCUGGGGAGAGAAGACUAUGACAAACACUUCUGUUCAGGGCCGGGAGGUGAUUAGAACUGAACUAGAUCAGCUACAGGCUGAGUGGGAUCUCAUGAUUUCACAGGCAAUAGAUAGCAAAGUGAUGCUAGAAUCAAGCCUUCUCCAGUGGAGUGACUAUGAUGCUUCUUAUGAGCAAAUCCUCGGGUGGCUGAAAGUCGUGGAGAAACAAAUCAGGGACACACAGCCAAAGUUUGACCUUAGUGAGAAGAAGGCUGAACUUCAGCGGGUCAAGAUAAUAUACCAGGACAUUGUGUCUUAUGAACAAAUGGUAGAGUCUGUAACAUCUAAGGCUGCAGAUUUAGCUGAAAGGAAUCCAGGAAGUCACACAGUUCUUGAUACGUCUCAGAUUCAGACCAGAUACACAAGUGUGAAGGAGCAGGCAAAGGAUUUGUUGGCUCGUACUGAACAAAUUGUAGCUCAUCAUCAAAACUUCCAUGACAGCUGCCACAGCUUCUCUUCCUGGCUACAGACAGCUGUUGAAAAACUCAGCUUGUGUUCUGAUACCUCCGGGGAGAAGUCGGCAGUAGCAGAUAAAAUUGAGAGGGCAAAGGCAUUGCUUGCUAACACAAAUGAGGGAAACAAACGUCUCUCUCAUGCCACAAAAGCUGGUACACUGUACGAUUUGGAACUUUGCCUGACCAGAUGGGAGGAAUUUGAUGAGAGUUAUCAGCACUUUGGUAACUGGCUGCGAGAGACUGAAGUGUUCCUGCGAGCUGAAUUAAAAUAUCAGGCCACAUUAGAGGAGAAAAAACAAAGCUGGGAGGAAUAUCAACUUCACAGCGAAGAUGCUGUAUCCCAUCAGUCUUUGUUGGACAGAGUUCGUGAGAAAGCACAUGCUCUAUUAGAAAUUAAUGCAGAUGUCAAUACCUCACAUGUUGUCACACAGCUGACCACUAGAUACAAUGGAAUCAUUUCUCUUGGAAAAGAUAUCACAAGUAACCUGGAAGUGUAUUAUAACAAUCACAAGCUGUACACACAGAACCAUAACUUAUUCAACAAAUGGCUGAGAGAGACACAACAGAGGCUUCAAGUCAUCAGUAAUGAUAAGGGUUCUAAAGAAGCUCUGACUGACAGGCUCAGAAAAGUUGAGGACAUUCAAGGAACUCUUGAUGAAGGUCACACACUUUUGCACACAGUUCUGGAAAGCUGUGAAAAGACAUUGCCCAGUACAAAUCAGAAAGGUUCUAUCAUUAUCAGAAAUGAGACAGAUGUAGCCAAAACUGUUUAUGAGAGCAUCCUGUCUCAAGUAUCUCAGGUCAAGCGCAGCUUAGAAGGUUCACUUGUUCACUGGGAUGACUUUGAACAUUCAUACCAGCACUUAUCAGACUGGAUGAUGAAUGUAGAGCACAAACUUGGAACAAGUCCUAACUACAAGUCUGAUCUACCAGAGAAAAAGUCAAACCUUGAGAAAUAUAAGACCAUACAGGCAAAUAUUCAGGCACACAAAGCUCAGCUGGACAAACUUGAAGAGAAGGCAAAUCAAGUCCAAGACAGUUUAGCCAAGUCAAGAACUGCAGAACUGAUUUCUCACUAUGCCAUCCUUGUAGAAAAAAGCAAG